AGAGAACGUAUAACUAAUAUAUUAUACGUUCUCUGGUCAUCGUGGCUGUCAGCAAUUGCCAAAUUGGAGUAGGUGAAGAAAUUUGGAUAGAAAUCGUAGAUAUAAUUUUUCUAUAUACAGCUGUUUAUAAAAUAAUAAAAUACAAUAUGAGUGUACGAGUAAUUAAUGAUGACGCCCAUUUUCAAACGGAAUUGAGUUCUGCGGGAGUACGGCUUGUAGUAGUUGACUUCACCGCCAGUUGGUGUGGUCCUUGUCAGCGUAUGGCUCCACAUUUUGAUAUGCUGCCUACUAAAUAUCCAAAGGCGAUUUUCUUAAAAGUAGAUGUAGAUAAUUGUCAGGACACUGCGGCGAGCCAAGGUGUAUCAGCUAUGCCCACAUUUAUUUUUUAUCGCAACAGGACGAAAAUUGAUCGCAUACAAGGUGCUGAUAUAGUUGCACUCGAAAAUAAAAUCAAGGAGCAUAUAGGGUCCAGUGGUGGAGAUGAAGCCGGUGAAGACUAUGGUCAAGGACUUAUGGAGUUAAAUACCUUCAUAUCGAAGCAAGAAUGUGAAUGUUUAAAUGAAGCGGAUGAUCAUUCCUUAAAUCAUUGUCUUACUUCGAAUGGUGGUUACCUGCAAUCAGAUUGCGACGAGCAAUUAAUAUUGUCGGUAACAUUUAAUCAGUUGGUGAAAAUCCAUUCACUCAAGUUCAAAGCUCCACCUCACUUGGGUCCUAAAGAAAUUAAACUGUUUAUUAACCAACCAAGAACAAUUGAUUUCGACAUGGCCGAAUCUAUGACUAGUGUACAAGAUUUAACAUUGGAGCCCAAGGAUCUAGAAAGUGGUCAGCAAGUCAAUUUGCGGUACGUGAAAUUCCAAAAUGUGCAAAACUUACAAAUUUAUGUACGCAAUAAUCAAUCGGGUGGAGAGGUUACACAAAUUGAUUAUAUUGGAUUCAUUGGAUCCCCUAUUAUGACAACUAAAAUGACUGACUUCAAACGUGUUGCGGGAAAAAAAGGAGAAAGUCAUUAAUAGAUCACAAUAAAAAAAUAGAAGACUUUGCUUUGGAGAUAUUUUCAAAUGAUUUUCUACUACAUGUUUUAAAAAUGUCAACUUUAUUUAAAUUCAGUCUAGGAAUAUAUAACAAUAUUUAAUGCAUCUUUCAGGGAUGCUAUAAAAUGGAA